AUGCAUCAUCGAGGUCAAGGUCAAGGUUAUAAGCAACAUAAAGCAAAACAUGUUACUGAAUUAGAUAAUACAAAUACUAUAGAAUAUUUAUUUCUUACAAGCUGUAAAGAAGUUUUAAAACAAUUGCAUACCACAAUUUACUUAUCUUUUGAUGAAUUAUGGGGCAUUCCUGAUGAAACACAACUUCGUGCAGAAUUGUUAGCAUUAGAGGUUCAAUCUAAUCAGAACAAUUAUAAUACGAAGGUUGUUAUUAUUGCAGAAGAGAAAGAAUAUGAUUCUUUAAGUGCUGAAUUGUGGGGCUCAUUUGCUGUACCAAUUUUACAAGCUGUUAAUGAAGAUGAGUUGACUUGA